AUGGCUUCUGUUACUGCCUCAACUCCGGUGAAGAGCCACCAUGGGCUCUUCUCCUCCAAGACGGCUGGAGGUCGUAUGCCUCUGAGCCCUUCGCCUAAUCCCCGCGCAAGCGGCCACUCGUCACCCUUCACUCCUCCUCGCCAGUCUGAUGCUGGCCGCAGUCAAGCCAAGUCAGUAUAUGGUGGAAACCUCUCUGCCCACUUCGCGAAGUCCAUCUCGAAAGCUGCCCGCACCACCCACCAUAACUCUCCCAAGACAAACAAGUCGAACAUUGCCAGCACCCGCACCCGCAAGUCACCCAAGCACUUGGAGCUCGGUGUCUCGGACUGGACUUUGACCGGCACAAGUGCCACAACGGCCAACACUCCUUCCAAGGAGCAUGUCCGUCGGGAGAUCCCCACCCGGGCUCGUGCCAGCAAGACGACUGUGCGCAUCCCCCACAACGCCGGUGACCGUUUUAUUCCCAACAGGACCGCAAGUGAAGGUCUAGCCACUAGCGGGGCUGCAAAGCCGGAAGAGAAACAACGCCCUAAGAGUGGUGGGGUUGACGGAUCAUCAGUCCUCGCCUCGGCGGCCAGCGCUUUUGACAUUGGUGCGCGUGGAUCGGAUGAUGACCUUACUGCUGCUUUGGAGAACUUGGGUUUGGAUGACAAUGAGCCUUCUACCUACACUCGCCCAGCUCCUGAUGCCGUGGCCUACAAAUCAUCUCUGGCUGAAGCUUGUGGAGUGAACAUGAAUACUCGCAUCCUCGCCUUUAAGCCUCCCCCUCCCGAGUCAUCGAAGCCUAUUGAUCUUCGUGCUCAAUAUAACCGCCCCCUCCGCCCUGCCAAAUCGACAGCUGCCCAGUUCCGUCGUCGUGUUCAAACUGCACCUGAACGGGUUUUGGAUGCCCCAGGUCUUUUGGAUGACUACUAUCUCAAUUUGCUCGACUGGAGCUCUGGCAACCAGGUCGCCAUCGGGCUCGAGCGAAAUGUUUAUGUCUGGUCUGCUGAGUCUGGUUCUGUCAACUGUCUUUUGGAAACCUCCCCCGACACAUAUGUGAGCAGUGUGAAGUGGAGUGGUGACGGUGCCUACGUUGGUGUUGGCUUGGGAACCGGUGAGGUCCAGAUUUGGGAUGUUGAAGAAGGUUCCAAGCUUCGCAGCAUGUACGGCCACGACUCUCGCGUCGGUGUUAUGGGCUGGAAUAAGCACACUCUGUCCACUGGAGCCCGUAGUGGCCUUGUCUACAACCACGACGUUCGUAUCGCAGAGCACAAGAUCGCUGAGCUGGUCUCCCAUACCUCGGAGGUCUGCGGUCUCGAAUGGCGCGCUGAUGGCGCUCAGCUCGCCACUGGUGGAAACGACAACCUCGUUAACAUCUGGGAUGCUCGCUCGCUGAGCGCUCCCAAGUUCACCAAGACCAACCACCGUGCCGCCGUCAAAGCUCUGAGCUGGUGCCCUUGGCAAUCCAACCUCCUUGCCACUGGAGGUGGUUCCUACGACCGUCACAUUCACUUCUGGAACACCACCACCGGUGCCCGUACCAACAGCAUUGACACUGGCUCCCAAGUCACUUCUCUGCGUUGGAGCAACCACUACCGUGAGAUUGUCAGCUCGAGCGGCUUCCCCGACAACUCUCUCAGUAUCUGGAGCUACCCGACUUUGGUUCGCAAUGUCGAGAUCCCUGCUCACGAGACUCGUGUCCUCCACAGUGCUAUCAGCCCUGAUGGACAGAUGCUGGCCACUACUGCCGCUGACGAGAGCUUGAAGUUCUGGAAGAUCUUCGAGCGCAAGGCUGGUAGCAGUGCCUCCUCUGCCCGCGAGGGUGGUGUCGGCAGCAAGGCUCAGAUGACAAAGUCUAUGACCAUUCGUUAG